AUGAAUAUGAGCCUUUCUUUUGUAGCAGUUCAAUCAUGCAAGAAGGGAACAGAGCAUAUAAAAAAUGCUAUUCUAAAAAUAGGGUUUAGAACAUUAAAAUAUAAUACUCUUCAUUAGAGUGAGAUAAAUAGAUCACCUACAUUGAUAUAAGCAACAAGUUAAUAUUUAGGGAAUAAAAAUGGAUAAGAAGCCUAAAUAUAAUAAAGGGAUGAUUUCGAAUAAGAAACAAAGAAAUAAAAAUAACUGACAUUUCUAUAAACAAAAGUCAGGUCUUCAACAUCACCUUAAUAAGUAAUUUCAGUUGAAUGAGUUUAGGAUAUCAUGAGAUAAUAGGAGAAGGAUGAAAUUAUUGACAAUGAGAUUUCUAAUAAUAAUUCCAUACAGAAAGAAAUUACAAAAUCAAAGAAAAAGUCAUUUAUUUAAAAUAAAUGUUUAGAGAAGGAAAUCUAAGGUCAUAGAUAAUCAGAACAUCCAUAUUUAAAAUUUGGUGAUUUUUUUGUAAUAAAAACAAAUGUAUCAAUAAGUGGAAAAUAGAGUGAAACACAAAUACAUGAAUUAAUAAUAAUUGGAAAUCUAUAAUAUUCUGGUUCAAUAAAUUGUGUAAAUAUGACUAAUUAAGUUAUAAACAAUCCAUAUUCACAUCAAUAGAAAUGUUUUUUUACAAUAAGAAAUCCAAGAACUAUUACAAGUGAUUAAAGCUAUGUUUGUUAUGGUCAACGUAUAGUUUUAGUACAUUCUAAAUCUGAAUAGAGUGUGAUGAUUAAUUUGGAUAUGCCAUCAUAAGAGAGAGGAUCAUUUUAAGUUAAUUUAUAAUCCUAAAUUGGUCAUUAAAAUAUUCUAAGAAUAAUGCCAUAUUCAAGUGCAAAUAAAAUAGGAGAUAAGAUUUAAUAUAAUGAUUAAUUAUUGUUUUAAUAAGAUUCUAAUAGACAAUAUUACUUGAAAUUAGAGAAGGAUGAAUCAAGAUAUUCAAGUAAUAAAUUUAUAGAUAUUAAUGCAAGUGAUAGACCUGAUAGUUUUCAUUUACAUAAAGUUAAAAGUCAUUAAAAUAACAUAGUAUAAAUUAUUCAUUAAUAAUCAAUGAUAGCAAUUGGUACAAGUGAAAAAUAAUUAUAAUAAUUUAUUACUAAUAAAAAUGCUAUAAUUAAUAAUUUCAAUAAUGAUCAAUAAUAAUAACAAGAUACCUUUGCUUUAAGAACUUUAGAUCUUAAUAAAUAUUUGAUGCAAGAUUAUGAAGUAUAAUCAAGCAAUCUCUUAAAUUCAUAUACUUACUUUGAAAUUUAGCCAUUAUUUCCUUUUACAGAAUAACAAGCUAGUCCUAAAGCUUGUAAAUUAAAAUCCUUAUUUACCUAGUAGUUUUUAUCAGUAGAUCCAAAUGAUGAAAAAAGACUCAAAUUGACAUCAGGAUAUAUGUAGGAUGAUUAUAGUAUAUUUUAUUUUAAUCCUGAAUCUACAGAACAAUAAGAAUAUAAUGAAUAAAUUGUUAGUAUUUAAAGUUCUUUAGGAACAUUCUUAAUGUUGAAUUAAAAUGGAAAAUUAUAAUUUUAACCACUUCCUAAUGAUCAAACUCCUCAACUAUUUUCAAUUAAAUAGAUUGACCCUUUUUCUUCAAUUAUUUUAGAAGAUCUAAAUGAAAUUCAUAUGAGAGUAUUAAACUUUCAUGUGUACUUGUAGUAAUGGUCAAUUUUAUCAGAUAAGAAAAAGUAAAAUGAGGAUACAUUUGUAUUUGAUUAUUUAAAAUCUUUAUCUUUGAAGGGUUAAUUAGAAUAAGAGGUUUAUCAUUUGUAAUUACAAUUAGAAGCCCUUAGUAAUCAUCUCUCAAACAAAGCUAAUUAAUAUGAAAUGAACAAUAAUGUUUAAACUAGUUAAACAUAGAAAUAAAAGAUAAUGAGAGAACAAAAGAUUUUGGAAUUGCUUUUUUCAUUAUUAAAAUUAAUUGAUAAUAUAGUGUUUUCAUAAUAGAAAGUAUUUAGAGAUAAAGAUAAAAGUAGAUUAUAUAAAACAGAUAGAUCUUUACCAUCAUAAUAAACAGCUGUAUUAUUGUUAUAAUCUAUUUUUGUAGUCUUAUGUGGCAUUCAAAGUAUUGGCUUCUGUUCCUGUACAUAUUUAUAAGAUAAUUCUUUUGUCUAUCAAAAAUAAUUAGAGUAAUCGUAAAAUAGCUUUGGAUAAUGAUGAAUUCUUAUGUUAAUAAAUUAGAAGUUAUGGACCUCAUGUUUCAGCCAUUUUAAGGGAAGCUGUAAAAGACUAACCAAAUAUAGAUUUAUCAGAUUGGGUUCGUUUAUUAGAACCUUUAGAUGAAGUAGGCAAUAAUAUUUAUGAUAUGACUAUUUAUUUAAAGGUAAUCUCAAUAGCCAUGGUGGAUUCUAGUAAUCAAGGAAUUAUAAGAUAUUAAAACAAAGUUUGUAAAGAAUUAUUUUCAUAAGGAAAAAAUGGAAAGACUAAAUUUUUAUGUUAAUUCAAUAUACUCUUAGAUAAACCUACAUUUAAUUUAUAUAGAGAAGAACCUUUAGCUGAAUUUUUAUUAAAAAAUCCAUCAUUAAAUUAAUUACAUUUAAUUAGGCCUUCAGAAAAUAAUGAAAUGGAAUUAUUUUCACUUGAAGAAUUAGGUGAAAAAAUAUUAAUCAAAAAAUCAUUGUUAUAAUUUUUAAGUUAUCUAACAGCUUCAGUUAAUUUAUUGGCAUAAUUAUGUAAAGGCAGAAAUAAAAAAUGUAUGAAAAAGGUUCAAUUUUUAGGAAUAACUUCUUAUCAUAUUUAAAAUGUAAUAAAAUCAACAUAAAUUCCUUUGUCAAUGAAAAAUAGCUAUUUAAAAUUAUAUGAAGUUUUAUAUAUAGACAUAGAUCCAUUUCUACCAAUAUAUUCCUAAACCUGCUUUGUAUGGGGAUAGUUAUUAAUGGAAAAAGAUAAAAAGAUAGCAUAAAUUUUUAAUCAUUACGUUGAAGCAGUGGAAGUAGGAAAAUUGACAAAAGAAUUUGAAGAGAAAAUGUUACCAUUGCUAUUAGAAUUAUUAACUUAAGGCAAUAGUUUUUAGGAAGGAUUAAUAAAAGCAAAGAAAAAGAAGAUGCAUAUAAGAUUGCCUUCUCUAAGUGGAAAUUAAGUCUAAACAGAGAAGGUUGAAUAGAAGAGUAAGAUUUCUUAAAAAAUUAAGUUUUUGACAACUUUAUUUCAUUUAAUUUAUAAGAUAAUAUAAUUGGGAUAUUUAACAGAAGAAUAAAUUUGUUCUAUUGUUAAGCCUAUGUUAUAGAUUUUUGUACCAUUCCUAUCAUAAAGAGAAAAGCAGGCUUUGGAAGUAAAAGAAAAUUGGUUAAAUGAAUUGAUAAAUUCGGCAAAAUCUCUAUAGUAAUAGGGUUUGAUUGAUUUAAUAGAUGAGCUUUUUACAAAUGCUGGAUUAUUGUUUAAAUAAUAUUUUACUAUAUAAUUGAAUGUGUAAAUUUAGGAAUUUUUAAGACAUUUUUAGAGAUCAUAUUAAACUUAUUGUUUGCAGUCAUUAGAGAAAUUGAUAUCAGAAGUUCGAGAGAUUAUAAUGAGAAUGUAAUUAGGAUAGAAUAAGAAUUUAGUUUUAGGAUAUUUGUUAGGAUUUUAUUGUUCCAAUUAUUUAUUUCAAAGUAAAGGUUUUAAAUUAUGUCAAGAAGCAUUGAAUUAAGGAGUAAAUUAAUAGUGGAUUUCAUAAUUGAGAUAAGCUGAAAUAAUUUUAGAUGGUGAUGAAUUAGAACUUUAUUAAUAAUUAACUGGUAAUUCAUUAGUUGGAUAAAUCUUCUCUCCUAUUCGAUUAGAAGUUUAAAUCUAAUAAUUAGAGGAUUCCUAGAAGAAGAAUUAAGAAGGCGGAGGAAAAUAAAAAGAUGAAAAAAAUUGGGAAAUUGAUAAUCAAUUAAAUAAGUUAAUUAAUAGAAUUAAGGAAAUAAAAAUGGAUUCAUUUAAAUUAACAAAAACAUAAAAUAUUCUAAGAAAUUUAGGAGUUCAUAAAUAAAUAUUAAGAUUGAUAAAAGCAUAAAGAGAAUAGAGUGAUACAACACAAAUAUCUAUUAAAUUUUUAUGUUUAUUUCUUUUGAAUAAUAAAUUAAAUUGUUCAGAAAUAUAGGAAGAUAUAUUUACAAUUAUUUAAUUAGCUUCUAGCAAUUUAAAAGUAUCAAAAUUAAUAGGUAUUUUUUGUUAAAGUUUAAAUGAUAAGUGGAAUGUAUUAUAACAAUUAAUAAAAUCUAUUUUUAUUACAAUGCAUGAACAUAAAGGAACUUGUUAAUAAUUUUAUAAUGCUUUAUUAUCAAUUUUAUAAAAUAGACAAUUAUCUUAAGAUCGUAUGAAUGCUUUAAAAAGAGAAAUCUUGAGUAAUCUAUUUAAGAUUCCAAGUUAUAUAAAUGAUUUAUAAUAUUAUAAGUAAUUUAGUGAUGUUAAGAAUAAAAAGGAGGAAUAAUAAUUUUAUGGAAUAGAAUUUUAGAUUUUUUCAGCUUCAAAUUCUUUAACAGCUUAAGUCAUUAAAGAUUAUACUUUAGGAAUUCAAUAAAUUCAAGGUAUAUUAUUUACUGAAUAAAUAAAUUAAAUGAUUCAUAAUCCUGCUAUAUCUUAUUUAAUUAAAUAUGAAUUAAUCAAAUUAGUUUACAUAACUUAAAUUUAAUAGAUACAUGCAUUUAAUAUGUAAGAUGUGAGAGAACUUUUAUUGUUGCUUUUAAAUGAUCUUUUGGCUUACCCAAAAUAUUUAGAUGGAUUAUUAAAGUAGUGCGAAUCUAACACUGAAGAAGAUAAAGAAAAAAUUUAAAAGGAUAAAUAAUAAGUUGAUAUGAUCAAAUAAAAAAUGUUUUAAGAUACUGAAGAGAAGAAAAAGAAUUUAUUAGCCACAACACCUGGUAUGCCUAAUUAAACAAAUGCUGCUUAAUAAUAGGUAUAAUAAUUAAAUGAAUAAAAACGAAUUGUUUAUGAUAAUACAGAAUAUUGGAAAUAUUUCCUUAAGAUUUCAAAUUGGUAAAAUAUUUAAUUUGGUGUCCUAAUUUUAUUAUAAUAAAUAUUUUAAGAGAUUUAGAAUCGUAAAUGGAAUAUUUCAGAAAAUUAAUAACUAUAAUUAAUAAAUUAAUCUGAAUCAUUGAAUUAAGUAUCUGAAGAUUCUCUCUAUGAACCAUUAGCUUUAAUUAAAUUAAUUUUAGAGAAUAUUAGAUAAACUUUGAAUUUAAUCGAAAAUACAAUCUAAUAUCCUAAAUAUCGAGUGUAUUUAGCAUAAUUAUAACAUUAUAUUUCUAAAUGUCUUAUGUUAUGUCCAUUAGAAUCUAAUCUAAAGAAUUUUAAAACUGUUAAAUAUGCAUAAGAAUAUAAGACUCAAAGAGCGAUUAAAACAUAAAUAAAAGAAUAUAGAUAAAAAGCACUUCCAAAACCAACUUAAGAUGAAUUGAAAUAAAAUUUAAAUUAAUUUUAUGAAAAGUUAAGAAAUUAUAUGAUGGAAAAACAUCUUACUAUUAAUGAAAUGAUGGAUAAAAUAAAAGGAGAAUUUAAAUUUCAUGUAGAACUUCUUUAAUCUGAAGGUUAAUAUAAUGUAGACACAUAAGAUAAAUUAAUUGGUAGGGAUAAAUUUUGUAAUUUGUUUAAUCAGAUCUUAGAUGAACACUUCUAAUAAUUAAUCUAAAUUAAACUCUCUAAAACAUUACCAGAUAUUAGUAAAUAUUUGACAUAUGAAGAUGCAUCUAAAUAUUAUGAAUCUUAUAUGUAAUUAAGAGAUUCCACUAAAAAUAUUUUAGAUAUAAGUAAAAUAUAUAGUUAUAUUAUUUAUAGAUAAAUUUUACUAGAAAUUGAUAAACUAUUUUGAUAGUUAGAAAAUUAAAUAUAAUAAAGUUGAACUUAAGGAAAUAUAAAAAAAAAAGAUUCAACAAAAAAAUCAUCAAUAAGAAGUAAUUUUAAUAUUUAUAAAAUAGUCUUUAUUUAUAUAACAAACUUAUAGUUAAUUUACUUAUCAAUAUGAAUUAUUGAUUAAUCCAGACAAUCCUUAUAAUUUUUAUAGAUUAGAUAAAGCUUUAUUUCAUGAUCUAUAAGAAUAGUUUCUGCUGAAAUUAUCAAAUGAUGAUGAAGUUAUUUAUAUAUUUUCAAGAUUGCUUAAAGAAGAAGCUAUUUAAUAAAAAUAAUUAGCCUUAAAUAUAGUUUAUGAAUGCUUGUAAAGAGAAUAGAACAUAAUUGAAAAAGAUAGAUUAUUACAUUUUUGUCUCAAACAAAUACCUUUUUUAAUGUUGUAUUUAGAAGAGAGUAAUAAUGAGUAUACACUCAAAAGUAUUAAGAAAGUAUUUAAAACACUAUUUAUUUUUGAAUAAAUUCAAAUAAUGGAUAAAUAGUAAUUAGCUACAGUUAUCUAAACUGAUUGUUGGUUUUAAUUUAAUAAGUUUAUUUCUCGUAUAUUUAAUUAAGUUGAUAGAUUAUUUAGUUUAGAGUAAUAACUUAAACAGAGUACAUUAAGAAAUGAUAAUAAUCUAUUCAUGAACAGGUCUGAUAUCAGUAAUGAUAAGAAUUAAAUGCUUGCAUAAUUCUUUAAAAUUAUUGUUUCUAUUCUAAGAAUCAUAGGAAAAUUAAUCUAAUGUUUGGAUCCAUCUUCUCAUUUUGGAGAUUCUGCUAAUCAAUUUUCUUUGAUUGAAGAAGUUUUAUAUUUUACUACAAAUUAUUUUAAUUAUAUAAAUAGAUCCUAACUAACUCAUAUAUGCACUGAAACAGAUAUUUUAUCUUUAUAUACAGAAUCAUUUAGAUGUUUAAACAAUUUUUGUGAAGGAAAUAUUUAAAAUCAAAAUUUAAUAUUUAGUCACAAACCAUUAAUUUAAAUUAUUCAAUUUGUUAUUACAACUCCUAAGUAUGACAUUUUAGCUGAUAAUUUAUAAGACAAUAAUUACAGAACUUUAUUUAAAGCAACAAUCAAAUUACUAUUAUUAGUUUAAUUGGAUUAACAUUAAAAUUAUUCUGAAUUAAAUUUUUAAAUUCUUUUUGAAAAACUUCUUUCAAUCUAUGAUACAUUUGCUCCUAGACUUUAGAUUAUUAUUUAAGGUUAAAAAUGCACACAUAUAGAUAAUAUCAAUUGUACAUAUCUAAAAUGUUAAAAUGAUUUAAUAGCUCCAGGAGAAUUUGAAGUUUUUACUAUAUGUUUUGAUUUGAUUAUCUUAUUUAACAUUCUUUGUGAAAAAAUCAAUAAAUUAGGAAAAGGAGAAAUUAAAAGAGAUUAUUGGUAGACAUUAAGAGAUAGAGUAAUUGGAGAUUAGAUACACGAAUUAUCAUUGAAUUAAAAGUAAAAUAUUAAUUUCUUAAGAAUCUAUUUAAGUAUGAAAUAAUUUGUUAAGUAAUAACCAUUUGAUCAAAAAAGAAAAGAACUUUUAAGAGAAUAUCUUUAAUCUAAUGAAUCUAUCAUUACUUCAUUAGAAAUCAAAGAGUAUAAAUCUUAAUAAAGAAUAAAUGUAAAAAAAAAAUUAACAAGUAUUAAAUCUCCUUCAAUUUUAAAUAAAUAACAAACAUCAUUUGCUGAAAUGUAAAGUCCUAAGAGUAAAUUAAAAGAAAGUUUUUAUAAAAUUACAAAUAAAAAAUUAUAAGUCAAAUAAACCUUAGAAGAAGCUAUUCCAUUUAAAAAAUUCGAAGAAUAAGAUAUGAUAAUCGAAACUCAUGGAAAACGAGAAAAUAAUAUAGAAUAAAAAUUAGAAGAAAUUGCUAUUAAUUGGCUUGAAGGAACUUAAUAACAUAAUUAAAGAGAUAUUAUUAAAUAAAAUAUGUGUUUAAAAAUGGCAGAAGCAAUUAAUUUUUUUAGUAAGUAUAUUGGAUAAAUUGAAAUUUAAAGAAAUGAACAAACUAAAUUAUAAUAUUUUGUUUUACCUUUUUAAUCAUCAUUUUUAUUAAAAUAAACUACAAAAAAAGCAAAAAUGUUAAGAAUGAAAAGAGGGAGAUAUGAACAAUUAAAAACUAUGUCAGAUUACUUUUAAAAUGAAGUUAUUUUUAGAUAACAUAUUUCUAUGUAUCCAAAAUUAAAUUGGUUUUCAAUUAAUAUCCAUCUUAUAAAAUCAUUUAAUUAUUUAAUAGUUUUAACACUAAAUAUUUGCUAUUUAGCAGAUUUAGAAAGGUAAUCAAAUACUUAUUCUUUCAAAAAUCAAACAGUACAUAUUAUUGUAAUAAUUUUAACUAUUAUUUUAAUAUUAUUAUCUGCAUUUGUAUUAAUAAUAGAAAUAAUUAAUUAAUAACCUUAUAUAGCUUUUAGAGUUAAUUAUUAUAGAGAAUAAAAUUAUGAAGAUAAUUCUUUAGAAUUUAAAGGAAAUGAUAACUUAAAUUAUAUUUAUCCAAAUUUGCAAAGUUUAAAGAAAACAAAUUAAAAAAAGAAAAUAAAAAUGCAUUAAUAUUUAACCUAAAAUAGAAUUUUGGCAUAAAUCACUAAUAUUACAUUUUUGUAUCAUUUAUGUUAUUUGGUUUUGGCAGCAUUAUCUUUUUUAGCAUCACCAUUUAUUUCCUUAUUACUUUUUGAUAUAGUUCCAAGAGUAAAAGUAAUAAAUUUAUAAAUAUUUAGGGCUUAAAAAAGGUUUUAGAAUCUGUUUUUGUGAAUAUUGGAAAGAUUAUCUUAAUUUUAUAUUUAGCAUUAAUAGUAAUUCAUUGUUAUGCUUUUCUGGCAUUUGUAGUAGAGGAUAUUUAAUUAUUUUUGGAAGAGGAUUUAAGUGUAGAACUUCCAUUUAUUACAAUUUUUUUGAGAUUUUUUGGGAAUGGAUUUAGAUUGUAGAAUGCUUUUAGUUAAAUUGAUGUCUAUCCAAAUGAAUAAUGGGGCAAUUAUAUUUUUUUGGUUACAUUAUUUAUAGUUGUUUUUAUUAUUUGUUUUGCUUUAAUAAUAAGCAUUAUUACAGGACAAUAUUCUCAUAAAAAUCUACUAUCUAAAAAUUAAAAGAAUAAAUCCUGUAAAAUUUGUAAUAUAUCUUAUUAUCAAUGUCGAGAAAAGUAAUAUAAAUAUAUUAUUUUAAGAAAUAUAAGUUGGCAAGAGCAUAUAGAAAAGGUUCAUAAAUUGUCGGCAUAUUUGUUUUUUAUUAUAUGUUUAUAAUAAAAGUAGGAAUUAAAUUAUGUGGAAAGAGAAAUUGUUAAAAAGCUACUUGAAAAAGAUAUGUCAUGGUUACCCACAAAUUGA